GUUCCUUUCCCUCAUAUACCUUCGCGCCCAUCCCCUAUACAGCCUCUUGCCCUAUACCCUAUACUGUAAUCACCGACCACAAACCUAGCACUCUAACUAUGCGUAUCUAUCAAGCUAUCACAGUUUUUGCUGUAGCUGCCUCGGCAUUCCCUACACAGCUUCUUGCUGUCCGUGAGGGCCCCAGUGGGGAUACAAAUUCGCCAGCAGCUCCGCAUGUGGCUCAGCCUGAGCAGCUGCCGCUUCAAGAUCGCCCUCCUACUCAAGACCGCCUAACAGACAGCGACCGCCCCCCUAUUGUAGUGGAGAACGGAUCCCCUGUUCAGGAUUACCCGCCAGCUGGUUUUAACGAACAUCGCGACGGAUCGCAGCACCACCCAACUGAUAGCAGCAGCAGUGGCCAAAAUCCGGGUCGCCCUGCUACCCAGGACCACCCAGCUGAAGGCGACCGCCGUCCUGUUGUAAUCGAGGACCGCCCUCCUGUUCAGAAUCAGCAGCCAGCUGCUUUUGAUGAACACACUGCUCCCCAGGGCCGUCCAGCAGAGAGCAACAGCGCUAGACCGGUCUCGGACCAUCCGCCAGUGGUUGUUAAUGAGCAUCACGAUACGCCACAGGAUCACCCUGCGGCAGAACCUCCCCGCAGCUCUGGCCAUCAAUCUUCUCGGCCUCCAGCUCGUCAACACUUUGAGAAGAUCGAGCACCCUGGCGGCAACCCGAACAGCAUCGAGAAGACGUCGCAGGACAUUAUCAACGACGAUCAGCACGGGGUCCACUCAAAUAUUAUCCACCAUGUUGUCACUAGCAACAGUAUCGUCAACGGUAAGCCCACAAAUGUCAAUAUCCACGGCACUACCGGUGUUGCUAAUAACGGCAAGAACAACGUUGUUCUACCAAAUGGGUUUUGGAACCAGUUCAACCCUGGCCAGCCUGGGGCUGGGCUCCCUGGCACCAACUUUAUCCCUGCUGGUCUGGGAGUUAACAGCCGUCCUCCUAGCGACCAUUAGUACUAGCCUUUAGUGAUUCUUGAAACAGAGGUUGUUUUCUCUAUAUGGCCUUGGUGCGAUGUCGCGUUAUUUUUAUUUUUGGCUGCAUUUAUGUUCGGCGAUCGCUUUUUGGUCUGAUCCAAGCGGUCCGAAUGGUUUGGCCAAUGGGGAAAGCUGGGCAAAAUCGGAUCGCUGUAGCUACCAAUGCACGAUUUUUGUACACUUCUUACAUGUAACGCACGAAGAUCCCGGGCUAUGGAUGAAGAAUUCGCGUGCAUCUCCCUCCUAACACUGACAAACCAGGCCAGCUAAAUUGAUGGGGAGAGGGAAAGAAGUGGUGAGAAUUGGAACGUCGUUCUUAUUGCACGCUUUUUGGCUCCAUGGCCAGUGUAGCAGGAAUUACACCAUCGCUGUACACACGAAUGCAAGACAGACAGACAGCAGCUGCCGGUACUCUUCGCAUGAAACAAAAGGUGCUUCUUUCUU